CCUCAGAGGCCACUGUCCCGAGGGCUGUGCUGAGUGGCUCCAUGAGUAUCUGUGCUGGGCAGUGGGCGGCAGCUGCUCCUCCUUCCAGCUCAUCUGUCUGUCGCCCGUCCGUCCGUCCAUCACCUCUCUCUUGAUUUAGAGACGGGGGUGGGAGAAGUGGUUCCCUGCAGAAGAAGAGCGAGAGGGCUGCCUUGCAGUUUGAAGGUGGAACUUCCGGUGGUCAACAGCCUCUUCGGGGAAACUCAGCCUUCCGAAUGUGGGGAGAGGAAACCUAAAUAUCCCUGGUGAGCCGAUGAGAGCACAGAACAAACAACCCAGAGCCAAACGACCCUAUUUCCUAGGAGCUCGGGAAUAAGAGCUAAGAAGUGAAUUGGAUAUCAUCGUGCCCAGCCUUGGUGAAAAGGGAAGCAAACUCCCCUGAGUCCUUUCUGUGCCAGGGUUUAUACCGUGAUUGUCACUUACCCUUCAGCGACCCCGCCCUAGGAAGCAGACAUCUCAUCUGCAUUUUUUGAAAAGAGAGAAUGGGCCCAGCUUGGCUGUGGCUGCUGGGAGCCGGGGUCCUGGCCUCUGUCCACUGUCAGCCCUUUCCUGCGCAUGGAGAUAAAAGCCCCGGGGUGCCUCAGCCCCCCGGUCACAAGCUUGCAGAGCCAGCUCCUGCCUACCACAAAGUUGCUCCUGCCUACCACAAAGUUGCUCCCACCAUUACCAGCUUUGCUUUGCGUCUGUAUAAGCAGCUGGCGGCACACACCCCAGGAAACAUCCUCUUCUCCCCUGUGGGCCUCUCCAGCGCCCUGGCCCUGCUGGCCCUCGGGGCCCAAGGGGACACCCAGCCUGAGAUCCUGGAGGGCCUCGGCUUCAACCUCACAGAGACCUCAAGUGCCGACAUCCACCAGGGCUUCCAGCGGCUCCUGCACACCCUCAACUUGCCCAGCCCCAAACUCGAACUAAAGGUGGGAAACUCUUUGUUCCUAGACAAGCAGCUGAAGCCUCAGCAGCACUUUUUGGACAGUGUCAAGGAGCUGUAUGGAGCUUUGGCUUUCUCUGCCAACUUCACAGAUGCUGCCACAACCGGGAGGCAGAUCAACGAGUUCGUGAGAAAGCAGACUUACGGGCAAGUCGCCGACUGCUUCCAGGAGCUGGGCCACAACACGCACACGGUUUUCUUGAAUUACAUCUUCUUCAAAGCCAAGUGGAAGCAUCCUUUCGACGGCUACCAGACCCGGAAGCAGGAGCGCUUCUCAGCGGACGAGAGGACCGUGCUGCGCGUGCCCAUGAUGCAGCAGCGGGAGAUGCACAGGUUCCUCUACGACCAGCAGGUGGCGUGCACCGUGCUCCAGAUCGAAUACAGCGGCAAUGCCCUGCUGCUGCUAGUGCUGCCGGACCCCGGGAAGAUGAGGCAGGCGGAGGCCGCGCUGCAGCCUGAGACCCUGCGGAGGUGGGGCCAGCGCUUCCAGCCCAGCCUGCUGGAUUUGCACUUGCCGAGGUUUUCAAUUUCUGGAACUUACAACCUGGAAGAGAUCCUUCCCCAGAUUGGUGUCACCAACAUAUUCGACUUGGGAGCUGACUUUUCAAGAAUCACUGGACAGUUCAAUAGCUCCAUCUCCCGGGUGUCCCACAAGGUGGUGGUGGACAUGAACGAGAAGGGAACUGAGGUCGGGGCUGCCUCGGGCCUCCUCUCGCAGCCGUCAGCCCUGAACACGACCUCAGCGCCCUGUGCCCACUUUAACAGGCCUUUCUUGAUGCUGCUGUGGGAGGUGACCACCCAGAGCCUGCUCUUCCUGGGCAAAGUCGUCAACCCAGCUGCAGGGUGACCGUGCUGGGAGGUCAGGGAUGUCUUCUGUCCCCUAACCAAACAGGAAGGCCAGCCCGAGCCUGCACUGCAGUGUACCAGUGUGCUCAGAUGCUAAUAAAGUUGGGUUUGUGAACCCUGAGGAAUUGCAUCUACCCCA